CUUCAUCUCAUCCAUCUUUUUGUUUCUAACCUUCCAAAUACCAUAUGGUAUGACAUGAUUGACAUCAUAGAGAGCAUUCCAUUUUUGUCUCUUUUUCUUUUUCUUCAGCUACUGCAAAUUGUCAAACAUUUCAGACGUUGAAACAACACAACAUCUACUUCCCAUCCACUCUUCAUAGUUUGGUGGACCUCAACAGCAAAAGAGCGUUGUAAAAAUAAGUGAAGAGAGUCCUCCAUGUUAUGACAAGAAAAAAGACAAUUAGGCACCAUUUGAAUAAACUUACUAAGCCUAUCAUUUGUAGCUAGCUUGUUUGUGCAAAAUAGCCUAAAAAGCACUUGAUGUUUAAGAAUAAUCAUAGGGUCCGAAACAUUUUUUACCCACCCUGUUUUAGCAUUACUGCCAAUUAGACCUUAAAACAUGAUUUUAUAUUCCUCCAAUAAAUGUAGUGAUUGUUACUAGAUUUAUACAGCCAAACAUUUGAGGUUUUAAUAAUGCAAACUUUGUAUAGAUUGAGGAAUUUUAUCGUCUCCAAAGUAAGAGAUCAUAAGCUAAAAUGAAUCAGAAAGAGCGUUCACAAUUGUCUCUUUUCGUACAACAUCUCAUAAAUAAGUUUGGUGACAACUCUCUAAAAAGCUUGCGAAAGAUGGAUGAAUUUCUAAAGGAAGAAGGAUUACCAAAAGAUGAGGAUUGCCGUUUUAUUUAGGGAACAGGUCGAACAUCGAAGGUAAAUUUAUCACUACAGUAAAAAGAAAACAAAUAGUAUAUCGUGCUCUCCUAAUUUUUUUUACUCUUUUCUGAUGAUGCCGUUGUUUAACAUCUCUUUAAGAGCCUUUUGAUUGCCAUAUAACCCUUUUCUAUAUUCUUUUAUUUUCCCCUUAAUCCAGCAACUACUUUGUUUGACUUCUUGAGCCAAGCUUAAUCUCAGCAAUUUGUUUUGAAAUUGAGAUUUUGUAAAUUGAGUAGACCCAACCAACAAAGGGCCUGUGCACUGUGUGAUAGUUAGUAUAUGCUUGUUAAUACCCUUCCUGUUAUUGAUGCCACAUGUGUAUGAUACAUAAAGUGUUAGUUGGUGAUAUAAUCUUUUGCUUCAAUAGUAGUGUCAUGUUUUUUAAACCCAAAAAGCAGUGAUUUCACUGCUCCCUAAAUGUUGCCUUUCAGCUUGAAAUCAUUUGUUGAAGGAGAGAUUGAAACACAAUCUACAGGGGUGAGAUCAGGUGAGAAAGGCUCCUAGUGAAAGAAAUAAGAAUGAUGGAGAGCCCUUGGAUUUGGAGGAAUGAAUGGCUGUGAUUGUUUAAUCAUUUAUUAAUUAAUGGUGGGCUACACAUGGUAAGUUUAAAAUUAUGUAUCUAAAAAAAGGGAAGCAGCAGAAAAGGGGUAUUUUUGGCAUUGAAAAGUGCAGACGUGCACGCCCCAAAAAGGAAUCCCGCCGAGUAUUCCUAUUUUGGUGCUACUUUCGAGUAAGAAACGCAGAGGCAAACUUCACACUCUAAUUUUAAGAGGGUUCUUCGAGUUGUACAAUCCAAUUCGAAUUCUGGUGGCUAUGGCAACGGAGAGGAGUGCUACGACAGAGAAAGAAGUUGGCGAUAAGAGUCUGACACCAUUGACAUCGCCUGAAGAAACAGUGUUUUUGAAGCAGAGUGUCUGCAAUAUUAAAUCUUUAGAUCAGGAUUCAAUCAGGGUCAAGAGUGCUAAUAAGCAAAUUUUGCAUCCUGAAAACUGGGCUUUGCUGCUUGCACUCCAAGGAGACGAAGCUUUCACUGAAUUUGUGGCAAAUCGCCGCUUCCCGGCAGAUCUCAGUCACAAGGAAGUAGAAGAGUGCCAACGCCCGUUUAUAGCUCAUCACUGCCACUUUUGUUGGAUCUGUGCGCUACCAUUUCAUUCGAGGCUAACUCACCUUGGCAAAACUUUUUCCAUGACUGACAUGCUAUAUGAAUGUGGCCCAGACCAAGCACUCCAGCCGGGGGAGGACCCACAGCACCAGAUGCUGGGUUUUCCCCUGGUCAAUCCUGAUAUAAAUGCAUGGGGUGAGGAUUUACAUUAUUUCAUCCUGUGCCUUCUGUCAGUUAGAUCUUUUCUGAGAGAAAAAAACCAAAGGGAGAACAAAAAUCUCAGUCUUGUGGAAGUGAUUGAGUCAUUCUACGGGGCAAAAAAACAUACUAUAUUGAGGUGUUUUUCAAUGUGAUGAAGGGUGAAAUUGAAUUGCAAAAAUUUGCAGAGCUUGAUGAAGGUUUGAUCUUUGAUGAUAUAGGAAGAGAAAUCUCUAUAUUCUUCCUCUUAUUGGUGACCUUUGGCAGCAGUAAUUAGUAGCAAUUUGAGAGAUUAGAUCAAGAAAAAUUGUGAUCUGAU